AUGACGGCGAUGAAGAUCCUAUGUUCCUCCACCCGCACCGCAUUUCGCUGCUCCCUUGGCUGGUGUCGCCAUGCCUCCUCCAAUUCGCGCUACGACUAUGACCUGGUGGUCCUGGGCGGCGGCUCGGCGGGAUUGGCCUGCGCCAAGGAGGCGGCUGACUGCGGUGCCCGCGUCCUGUGCUUCGACUUCGUGAAGCCCACUCCCUCGGGCACCAAGUGGGGCAUUGGCGGCACCUGUGUGAACGUGGGUUGCAUCCCCAAGAAGCUGAUGCACCAGGCCUCGCUGCUGGGCGAGGCGGUCCACGAGGCGGUGGCCUACGGCUGGAACGUGGACGACCAGAACCUGCGGCCCGACUGGGGCAAGCUGGUGCGUUCCGUCCAGAACCACAUCAAGUCGGUCAACUGGGUGACGCGCGUGGAUUUGCGCGACAAGAAGGUGGAGUACGUCAACUCGAUGGGAUCCUUUGUCGACCCUCACACCAUCGAGUAUGUGGCAAGGUCGGGCGAAGGGCGCCGGCAGGUGACUUCCGAGUACGUUGUGGUGGCCGUGGGCGGACGACCGCGCUACCCGGACAUCCCCGGCGCCCUGGAGCUGGGCAUCACCAGCGACGACAUCUUUAGCUACGAACGGGAGCCCGGCCGCACCCUGGUCGUGGGUGCUGGAUAUGUGGGUCUCGAGUGCGCCUGCUUCCUUCGGGGCCUCGGCUACGAGCCCACCGUGAUGGUGCGCUCCAUUGUGCUGCGUGGCUUUGACCGCCAGAUGUCCGAGUUGCUGGCGGCCAUGAUGACGGAGCGGGGAGUUUCCUUCCUGGGCACCACCAUUCCCAGGUCCGUGGAGCGACAGGCGGAUGGGAGGCUGCUGGUGAGGUAUUACAACACCUCCAACCAAAUGGAAGGCAGCGACGUUUUCGACACCGUGCUAUGGGCCAUUGGACGAAGGGGUCUCAUAGAGGACCUCAACCUGGAGGCCGCCGGAGUGAGGACGCAAAACGACAAGAUUGUGGUGGACGCCGCUGAGGCCACCAGUGUACCGCACAUUUUUGCUGUGGGGGACAUCAUAUACGGUAGGCCGGAACUCACGCCGGUGGCCAUUUUGUCGGGUCGCCUGCUCGCCAGACGCCUCUUCGCCGGAUCCAAGCAGCUGAUGGACUACGCCGAUGUGGCCACCACCGUUUUUACACCACUCGAAUACAGCUGUGUUGGGAUGUCGGAGGAAACGGCUAUCGAGCUGCGGGGGGCAGAUAACAUCGAGGUCUUCCACGGCUACUACAAGCCCACCGAGUUCUUUAUUCCGCAGAAGAGCGUGCGCCACUGCUACCUGAAGGCCGUGGCCGAGAUAGCCGGGGACCAGAAGAUCCUGGGCCUGCACUACAUCGGCCCAGUGGCCGGCGAGGUCAUCCAGGGCUUCGCCGCAGCACUCAAAUCGGGCCUGACUGUGAAGACCCUGCUGAACACCGUGGGCAUCCACCCCACCACCGCCGAGGAGUUCACGCGGCUCUCCAUCACCAAGAGAUCUGGACGCGAUCCCACCCCCGCCUCCUGCUGCAGUUAGUCUAGUGACUUUGUGAUUAGUGUAUUACGGUAGUGAAUAAAACACCUUGUUCUAA